AUCAGUGGCAGACUUGGCUGCCUUGCCGAGAAGCAGUAUCCAAAAGACGCCUCCUCUGUGUCAAAGAGAAAUGCCUUCUGUGGAUUGACAACGGGCUUUAAAAAGUUGCCUAGUCUGGAACUGUACAACCACAAUAUAGUGCUCAGCUUGGGCUGAGCAGAGGCUGAAAUCUUGCAACUUAGACUGAUGCAUGGGGAUGGCUUUGCUUCAGUCGGAACUGCUCCUGCCUCUGCUGCUUCUGGUUCUGUUUGGCAACACUGUGAAAGGACAGCGGGACCCAGAGGUGUCCUCUGUAGCCUGCAAGGCCCUGGCGGACGAGCUGACGUACGAUAUUAAGAAAAUAGGUCCGAAGAGGACUGUGAAUUCAGGAACGUUUCGAAUAAACCCUGAUGGCACGCGGGGGAAGAAAAAGAUCCCUUUUGCAAAAUCUGAGACCUUUUUAACGGAUGUUUUGGAAAAGAUAUGCGAUCGGAUGAACGAUUACCAACUUCAAGACGAUCCAGACACGAAGGAAAAGAAAUUCAAGAGAUACGCUCCUCGGAAGGAUGAGCCAAUCUAUGCAGAAUACAAAAAAUACUUUUUUUAUUCCGAUGCUUAUAAGCCUUUAAAAUAUGCGUGUGAAACUAUCAUAGAACAGUAUGAAGAUGAAAUAUUCUCACUUAUCGCCCAGGAGGCAGACUUUCUGGCUGACAGGCUGUGCAUUGAAAAAUCAGGUCUUUGUGCAAAGCCUGAGACACAUAGUGAACUCUAGCAAAACAGCAGUCAACUAAUAUUACAGAUGAAGAACAAUGACUGAAAUAGCUCUACGAUCUCUGCCUUCCAUACUUUAUUUUCACUUUUUGAAGAAAAUGUCUAUCCAAAAAACUGAUUUUUUUGUAUUGACAAGCUAAUAUAUUAAAUUUGCCAUUUUCACCAUUUGAUAGGGACCAUAAACUGGGACUUUUUAAACUGGUUAGUGGAGAAAAUGCUUUCCGUGAUAAUAAGACUGUUGUGUCAUUCAUAUGAACUUCUAAAAAAUCCAAUGGCUCUUUGUAAGAGGAAUGGUUACUUCUGACUGGUAGCAUGUUGACUAAUGGUUAUCAGUACUGAGAGGUGAUGAAGUCAAAUAAUUGUGCUUAUGUAUUGUUCUGUCAUUUUAGCCAAGGACUGGAUUCCAAGGAUGAAUGAAUAUGGAAGCCUCAACCUUAAAAUAUGUAUGGGGGAACCUUCUGAGCUCAUAUUUGGCAAUUGCUGAUAUUUGUGUGAUGACCUGGAAAUCACAGGGUAAAUGUUGAUCUACUCUUUGACCUGUCCACCAACUCUGUUGCAAAAAUGCAAGUUCCUGGCACUCAUAAAGUAUGUUCAAGAAUUGCUUUUGUGGGAAGGCAUUUUUAUAUUGUUAUUCAAAAUUUGAAAUUUUUCAUAAUAAGAAAGCUAAUUCAUCCAGUAACCCUUGCCCUAUAGCUAACAUAAAUUGUUGCUCACGUCCUGGUAACGUUUUCUUGCUAAGCAGAUAGACUUAUACUUAUACUUAUAGACUAGAUCACAUGCUGAUCACUCACAAAUUUUAAAAAAAUAGAUUAUUGGAAAAAUAGGAAACUUAAAGUCACCCACAGGUUUAAUUAGCAUUUUAGGAGCUGGGUUGGGAAGGAUGCAAAUCAGUCUAUUGAAAAAAUAAUUCUGGAGAAUAAAUAGCUUUUCUGUUUUGAGGUAACCAGGCAAUCAAUGAAAACCUUUAUACAGUUUAAUAGUAUUUUAGGAGUUAAAAAAGGAAGGAGCAUCCUUGAAAUACCACAAAAUAAUGAUAAAACGUGUCAACGCUGAACUAUCAAUAACUUCGCCAUGUAAAGUGUCUUGCUAAAUUCGCCCUUGCAUGCUUGCUUUUAAAUAUGCUUUAUUCCUAGUAAUCAAAUUUCUUCUGAUGUCUUUACAGAUUUUAAUAUUUGCAGAAUUUAGAUGGACAAUGAAUUCCUCUGAAAUUUGAUUUGCUUUAAUAUUAGAGCUAAAAGUAUUUUACAUAUGAGCCAGGUACAUGGUCUUGGUGCAUCCAUUCAUUGUGAACUGUCUUGUACUAAAUUGGCUUUAACUGGAGCUAAUAACCCAGUUUAUAUCUUAACUGAGUUCUGGUUUCAUAGUUUGCAGUCUUACCCACAAGCCUUGCAAAGGACAGAUGGCAAAUUUACAGUGACUGGUAACCUGCCUCUGAACAUAUUACUUAGAAGCAAAGCCCACUGAUAUCAGUGCACAUAUUUCCAAGUAAUAUGCUUACAGCUGGUAUGCUACUUCCAUUCUGGUGAAUGGGACUUCAUUGACUUACAUUCAGUUGUACCUGUUUCAGUUUAAUUGGAUUGGGCAACAUGAAAGCCAUAGGCUUCCUACCCUGAGAACGCUUUCCUGGAAACAAACUCAAUUAAAAUCAGUGGAAUUUACUUCAAAAUAUUUAUUUAGAAUAUUUCUGUGCCACCUCUUCAAAGUCCUGCUCGAUACAGCUUGUGAUUAAAAACCUCAUUAUAAAACUUAAGCCAUUAGAUGUCAGUAGCAUAAAACUGUAAAAAAAAUAGUAUAACAAUAAAUGUAACCGAGCCUAGAACCAAUGCCUUAAUAUUGUUACUGAAUGUUAUUCUUUCACUCACUGGCAAUUCAGCAUUUGUAAAAGAUUUUGCCAAGAGGCUCUAUCUAAAUAAAAUGAACUGUUUUUAAAGAUUUGUCAAA